CGCGCCGCCCCUCCACAGCGCUGAGAACUUCGGGCGCCAUUUUGGCUCCUCCUGCGGGGUUCGAGCAGUGCCGUGCUGUUGUCCCUGUGGGAAUUCAGGUUUCCCUCUGGCUGGCCCUGCGGGUUUGCUUGCUAACCUGCCCACACAGAGCAGGGAAUGAAGGCAGGCAAUGAGUUUGCGAGGGAAGCUGCUCCCACGUUCCCUCCUCGGUUCCAGUCAGCUGGGGUGUGAGGGUGGGAAGGCGCGGGCGCCAUGCUGGUGUGCUCGCAGCGUGUGGAAAGGGUCGUGCUGGAUUGCCUGGGGAAAAAUAAAGGGCAUUUUCAAAACAGCAAGCAAACAAGGAGAAACCUGAUGUACAUGGAGGGACUCUUCCCAAAGUAGGCCCUUGGAUUCAGGGAGCAGCAGCCUGCAGAUCAUCGACACUUAAACUCAACUAUCAAGAUGACAAGAAUUUUGACAGCUUGCAAAGUGAUGAAGACUUUGAAAGGCAGACUGGAGUUUUGCAAAGUGUCUGCUGAUCACUGGAGUUUCUGGAGGAGUGGUACCAGGUUGUUGAGCAUCAAGGCGCAGACAGCGAACUUGGUGCUGGAAGAUGGAACGAAGAUGAAGGGCUAUUCUUUUGGCUAUCCAUCCUCCACAGCAGGGGAAGUCGUAUUCAACACUGGUAUUUCUGGAUACACUGAAGCCUUGACAGACCCCAGCUACAAAGGGCAGAUUCUUACACUGGCUAAUCCCGUUGUUGGGAACGGUGGAGUGCCUGACACGGCUGCCCUGGAUGAAAUAGGCCUCAGGAGAUUUCUGGAAUCUGAUGGAAUCAAGGUUUCAGGUUUGCUGGUGCUGGAUUACAGCAAUGAGUACAGUCACUGGCAGGCUGCGAGGAGUCUAGGAGAGUGGUUGCAAGAAGAAAAGGUGCCUGCUCUGUAUGGGGUCGAUACCAGAAUGCUCUCUAAAUUAAUUCGUGACAAGGGUACAGUACUUGGGAAGAUUGAAUUUGAAGGUCAACCCACAGAGUUUGCAGACCCAAAUAAGCAGAACUUAAUUGCAGAGGUUUCAACAAAGGAAGUCAAGGUAUAUGGCAAAGGGAACCCGGUUAAAGUUGUAGCAGUUGACUGUGGGUUGAAGAACAACGUUAUCCGUCUGCUGGUAAAGCAAGGUGCAGAAGUACAUUUAGUUCCAUGGGACCAUGAUUUUACCAGCAUGGAGUAUGAUGGGCUCAUUAUUUCUGGAGGUCCAGGAGAUCCCAUGAAGGCCCAGGAGGUGAUCCAGAAUGUGAGAAAGGUCCUGGAGAGCAAUCGCCCAGAGCCUUUGUUUGGAAUUGGCAUGGGGAAUCUAAUCACUGGAAUAGCAGCUGGAGCUACUUCCUACAGGAUGCAGAUGGCCAACAGAGGACAGAACCAGCCCGUCCUGAAUGCAGUGAGUGGACAAGCUGUCAUUACUGCUCAGAACCACGCUUAUGCUAUUGACAGUUCUACCCUCCCACCUGGCUGGAGGCCUCUCUUUGUGAAUGCCAAUGAUCAAACAAAUGAGCCAUGCACAGCUCAUACAGACUUAUACAGGCAAUGGGACAUUCUCAGAAGAGCAAAAAGCUCCAAGGCUCCUCAGGGAAUUAUGCAUGAGACCAGACCAAUUUUCACAGCACAGUUCUACCCAGAUGCAAAUCCUGGGCCGACAGACACAGAGUUCCUGUUUGAUUCAUUUAUCUCACUGGUUAAGAGAGGGAAAGGCACUACCAUUGCUUCGGUCCUGCCCAAGGCUGGAGCAACAGCUUCUAGAGUGGAGGUCUCCAAAGUUCUCAUUCUAGGAUCUGGGGGUCUGUCGAUCGGUCAGGCAGGGGAAUUUGAUUACUCUGGAUCUCAGGCUGUGAAAGCUCUGAAGGAAGAGAAUGUCAAAAUUGUCCUUAUGAAUCCCAACAUUGCUUCAGUGCAGACCAAUGAGACCGGCUUAAAGCAGGCUGAUGCUGUGUAUUUCCUCCCCAUCACUCCGCAGUUUGUCACAGAGGUCAUCAAGGCAGAGCAUCCUGAUGGAUUAAUUCUGGGCAUGGGUGGUCAAACAGCUCUCAACUGUGGAGUGGAGCUCUUCAAGCAAGGAGUCCUGCAGCAGUAUGGUGUGAAGGUCCUAGGUACAUCAGUUGAAUCCAUCAUGGCUACAGAGGAUAGAAAGCUUUUUUCUGAUAAACUGAUGGAGCUAAAUGAAAAGAUUGCUCCUAGCUUUGCAGUGGAAUCGAUUGAAGAUGCUUUGGAGGCAGCUGAGAAGAUCAGCUAUCCGGUCAUGAUACGUUCUGCUUAUGCCCUUGGUGGUUUGGGGUCAGGUGUAUGCACCGACAAGGAAAGUUUGCUGGACCUUGGUACGAAGGCAUUUGCAGUGACUAAACAAAUUCUUGUGGAAAAGUCCGUUGUGGGCUGGAAGGAGAUAGAAUACGAAGUCGUGAGAGAUGCUGCUGAUAACUGUAUUGCAGUCUGCAAUAUGGAAAACAUAGAUGCAAUGGGAGUCCACACAGGGGAUUCUGUCGUAGUGGCUCCGAGCCAGACACUCACUAAUGAGGAAUUUCAGAUGCUGAGGGAUCGUGCCAUCAAGGUUGUCCGAUAUUUGGACAUUGUGGGAGAAUGUAAUAUCCAGUUUGCUCUGCAUCCAACUUCCCUGGAAUACUACAUCAUUGAGGUUAAUGCCAGACUUUCGAGAAGUUCAGCUUUGGCAUCCAAGGCAACAGGGUAUCCAUUAGCAUUCAUUGCUGCCAAAAUUGCCUUGGGGAUCCCCUUACCAGAGAUCAAGAAUGUAGUGACAGGAAAAACCUCAGCCUACUUUGAGCCCAGCCUGGAUUAUGUUGUUACCAAAAUACCCCGCUGGGAUCUGGACCGUUUUCAGGGCACCUCCAACCGGAUUGGAAGCUCCAUGAAGAGCGUGGGAGAGGUCAUGGCUAUUGGCCGCACUUUUGAAGAGAGCUUCCAAAAGGCCCUGAGAAUGUGCCACCCCUCUAUAGAUGGCUUCACUUCACAUCUGCCCAUGAACAAAGCCUGGCCAGCCAUCGCAGAUCUCCAGAAGGAACUCUCUGAACCAUCCAGCACUCGAAUAUAUGCAAUGGCCAAGGCCUUGGAAAAUGGAGUCCCUGUGGAUGUCAUUCACAAGCUCACAGCCAUUGACAAAUGGUUCCUGUGUAAGAUGCGCAGCAUUGUGAACAUGGAGAAGAUCCUGAAGGAAGUGAAACACGAAGAAAUUCCAGAAGAGACGCUGAGGAAGGCCAAACAGAUGGGCUUCUCAGACAGACAGAUUGGGAAAUGCCUGGGACUAACUGAAGUCCAGUGCCGCCAGCUGAGACUGAGGAAGAACGUAGUGCCCUGGGUGAAAAAGAUUGACACGCUGGCAGCAGAAUACCCGGCAGUAACUAAUUACCUCUAUGUCACGUACAACGGCCAGGAACACGAUAUAAAAUUUGAUGACUGUGGAGUGAUGGUGUUGGGCUGUGGACCAUAUCACAUAGGCAGCAGUGUGGAGUUUGAUUGGUGUGCUGUCUCCAGUAUCCGCACACUGCGUCAGCUUGGCAACAAAACGGUCGUGGUGAAUUGCAACCCAGAGACGGUGAGCACAGAUUUUGAUGAGUGUGACAGACUGUACUUUGAGGAGAUGUCAUUGGAAAGGAUUCUGGACAUCUACCAAUACGAGGGAUGUAGUGGCUGCAUUAUUUCUGUGGGCGGGCAGAUUCCCAAUAACUUGGCAGUGCCACUGCACCAGAGUGGAGUGAAGAUCUUUGGCACGCAUCCUUUGCAGAUCAACCGGGCAGAAGAUCGCUCCAUUUUCUCUGCUGUUCUGGAUGAGCUGCAUGUGGCUCAAGCUCCCUGGAAGGCAGUCAGCACUCUGAGAGAUGCAGUUGAAUUUGCAGGCUCUGUGAGUUACCCAUGUUUGCUGAGGCCUUCCUAUGUUCUAAGUGGCUCUGCAAUGAAUGUAGUAUUCACUGAAGAGGAAAUGAAAAAGUUCUUAGUGGAAGCCACCAGAGUCUCUCAGGAUCACCCUGUGGUACUCACUAAAUUUAUUGAAGAUGCCCGCGAGGUGGAAAUGGAUGCUGUAGCCAAGGCAGGAAGAGUUAUUGCACAUGCUGUUUCAGAGCACGUGGAAGAUGCAGGCGUUCACUCUGGAGAUGCUACUCUCAUUUUACCCACACAGACUAUUAGCCAGGGAGCCUUGGAGAAGGUAAAAUCUGCUACAAAAAAGAUUGCAAAUGCCUUUGCCAUCUCUGGUCCAUUCAACGUACAGUUCUUGGUGCGAGGCAAUAAUGUGCUGGUAAUAGAGUGCAACUUGCGGGCUUCACGCUCCUUUCCUUUUGUAUCCAAGACUCUGGGUGUGGACUUCAUUGAUGUGGCCACAAAGGUGAUGAUUGGAAAAGAGGUUAAUGAAUCAUCCCUCCCGACACUGGAGCAUCCCAUUAUUCCAUCCAAAUACAUUGGGAUUAAGGCCCCAGUGUUUUCCUGGUCCCGGCUGAGAGAUGCUGAUCCUGUUCUCCGAUGUGAAAUGGCCUCUACUGGGGAGGUUGCGUGCUUUGGGGAGGAUGUAUACUCUGCCUUCCAGAAAGCUAUGCUUGCUACUGGAUUUACAUUUCCUAAGCAAGGAAUUUUGAUUGGAAUCCAGAAAUCCUUCCGCCCCAAAUUCCUCGGUGUAGCAGAACUACUGUAUGGAAAAGGCUUCAAGCUUUAUGCCACUGAAGCAACCUCUGACUGGCUCAAUGCAAAUGGUAUCCCUGCAGAUCCUGUGGCAUGGCCAUCACAGGAAAGCCUGAGUCCCAGCCUCCCUCCAGUCAGGAGGCUGAUAAGGGAUGGGAAAAUAGAUCUGGUGAUUAACCUGCCUAACAGCAACACCAAGUUUGUCCAUGAUAAUUAUGUGAUCCGGAGGAUGGCUAUUGACAGUGGGAUUGCUCUACUCACUAAUUAUCAGGUGACAAAGCUUUUUGCUGAAGCUAUCAAAUACUCUGGGAAAUUGGACUCCAAGAGUCUCUUCCACUACAGACAAUUUGACAAAGGAGAUGCUGCAUAGAAGAUCUGUGUCCAACCUGCAGUCUUAGCUGCUUCUGGCACCACAAAAGAGGAGAUCUCAGAUCAUCCACCUGACCAUCUUUACAUGCAUUUUAUAGCGUCGGCACUGUUUGUCUUUCCAACUUAAGCAAACUAACUCCCAGCAAGUGCUUUUGGUUGUUCAUUGGAAAGCAGUGUUCUUCCCAGCCUUUCCACCAUCUUAUGUCCAUUUCCACUUAGGAAGAAAUAUUACUUAAUAGAUCCAGAUGCCACCAUAGCAGAGAGAUGAGAGAUACAAAUGUUCCUCUACAGGAGUAGCUCUUUUGAUAACUAACCUGUUCUUCCUUAGAUGUUUUUGGAUCCGUAUGCCCAGAUGUUCUCAUGCUGAACUGUUGGCAUUUGGCCCCGAACUCCAUAGAAAGAUGUGUAGCUUCUUCUUUCUAUUGCUGACUGUUGAGGGUUUUACAACUUUAUAUAAUGAUCAGGUAUCCUCCUGCAUGAUCUACCCAAUGACACCAUGGACAACUCUCAUAGUACAGAAGUGCUGAGGGUUAUGGGUCUGAUAGGAGCUCUUUAAAGACAAAAGAUCAUGAAUUCCUAAUGAUUCCCCUGCAACAGCUGAGGGGCACUUUUGACUUUUUUGGUUUUUAAACCCUGGCUAAGCAGCCUCUUCUACAGCCUGCAGAUCUGAUGGGUAAUGAAGACUGCGUGUUCUCUUUUUAAAAUCUUUUGUUUAAAAAAAAAAAAAUCAGGUUUAUCAUUCUGAAUUCAAGCAGUUGUCACUGCUUUGUAAGGGUUCUCUCACAGCUUUGUGUUUGGCUUCAAAAAUGGGGAAUUCUCUGAAGACUUCUUUGUACUGCUGUCCAAUGUUCUGUGCUGUGACUGUGGGCAUUAAGAUUGAAUCCUUUCAGAACAAGGUGAAAGUGUGUCAGUACAUUAAGCCUCCCAGUUAAGUGACCCCUUCACUUUCACUCUGGCUUUUUCAGCUCUAGCAAUGCCUGCAAAUCCUGCCCACAGAGCAGGCACCUGCUCUAUCACCUGUUGCACGUCUUCACUUACUGAAUGCGUAGCAGAAGAGCUCUGCAGCUCUAUGGCUAACAACGUUGUAUCCCAUAUACAUAUACAGCAGUCUCUGUGCCUACCUCAGAAUGUUUUCCAGCUGGGGACCACGUGUUUGUCCUUUUUCCCCCCAUAAUGCAGUAUGGGAGGGAUGUCCUGAAGUUGAAAAGAUUAAAAGUUGAACUAAUGCGAUAACAUUUCAGGGAGUAAAUCAAAUCUGAUGAGAGCUGUUAUUGAAAGAUGCAAAGGAGAGAACAGAAGUUGUGAUGCCUUUGGAUGUCAGAGGAAUCCCUGAACAACUGAUGCUAAAUGCCAAGACCAAAUUUUGAGCUAAGUGUGGAUUUCCUUCUGACCUGCUUGAUAUUCCAAGUCCUCUGAUCUCAGACAUCUCAUCAUAACUAACUGUUGUGGUGAACGCAAUCCUGCCCCCUGUGCAGAGGGGAGAGCUUUGCACUUCUAGAGUAGAGGUGUUAUUAAAGAAAAAACCAAACAAAACACCAGUCCACAAGAGCCCAGAGCUAUCAAGAGUUCGCCCAUUCAGUUGUGAAAUGAAUGACUAAUGGUGGUUAAUGAAGCAAUGCAUACUGCACUUUCUUUUUCCAGUGGCAAAAAUUUCAUUAAUAGUUGAUGUUGUCGCACAUUGUCCCACCCUGCUUUUACCUCCAGUAGUGAAAAAAGUGAUGUCUUAGAAUGUGUCUGUAUUCUCUUGUUCUUCUACUUUGAUUUUGUUACUUUUCUCAAGAGCUGAAAAUGAAAUAAACACCCCGGAUUGUCACGGCCACUCA